GAUUCUUCUCAUUUUUAUCAUCCCAUUCUAUCCCAACUUCGGGAUUUACACAUCUCGUCUCCAUUUUAGCUUGUAUAUUAGUUUUAGUAGUUAGUUUGAAGUAUUUUCGGAGGUUUUGACUCCAGAUCUGUCCUGUUCCGCUUUUACGGAGGUUGAAUCCUUGAAAUUCUUCAAGAUUUGAGGGUAACGAAGAAUUAAAGUGGUUUUAACGGUACUUAUGGCAGAGGAAACACCCCCACCGCUGAAUGAUCCAGCGGGUCUUGAUAUGCUCGAACCCAGUGCGAAGAAGACAAAGAUCACAGAAGGUGCUUUAUCCACUCCCCAACCCACCCCAUCUGUUGAGAGAAGUAUGUCUACAGACAUGAACCAGAAUGUUGGAAUUUCUUAUCGAACGGCUCUUACUGGGGAAACAGGAAACGAAAGAUCGGGAGAGUUUGAGAUCGAAAUGACAUCCGACGAUGAAGAUGUGGGCUUUGAUGAAGAAGAAGAUGCAGAAUGCCCAGUCAUUAGGCUAACCAAAGAGGAGAAAGCAAGGCUCAGAUCACCAUGGAGACAAACAUUGAUCAUUAAAAACACCGAAGCUAACAAAGAUACUGGUGAGACUGGUAAUGAUAUUUCGAUAAUGGAGGGUGCCACCGCCAAUGGUAGGAUUGGAAGUCAAAAAGGGGUAGAGCAAACCUCAAGAAGUGAGGGGCUGAUUAGACCAGAAGUUGUGGAGAAUUAUGGGGCCUGGAUGGUGGCCUCGCGUCAAAGGCGUCGUGUCAUCAACAACCAGGGAAAAAGAGAUCAAAGGGAAGCUAAACAUGGAAAGGAAUUCCAACAACCCAAGAAAGGAUCUGUUCCAGGGUACCAACAGGAUCGGGGAACGAGGUUCCAAGUAUUGACUGAAAACAAUCCUUAUAUGGAAAUCCAAGAUCUUGACAACGUGGAAUUAACUAGCGAGAAUCGGCAACCGGUUUCUAGGGAUGCUUACGAGUCAACCCCUGGAAGGAAUCAAAGCCAAGGAAACAGAGGGAAACGACCGGCGGUACAAGUGAAUGAAAGACAAAUUGAAGGGAACAACAACCAUGGAAAACAUAAGGAAAGACAGGCACACGCGGGAAAAAGCAGAGAUAGAGAAGAAGGGAGCGAGUCUGGCAGCCGAAAUAGGGCAGCUGAGAGCGAGGAGCAUGUUGGUUUUCAAGGGAACAAACAAGGAGUCAUGAAUGUGCAACGAAUUCCCAAUGAUAGUUUUGGCAACAACAUCGAGGAUGCUAUUCAAAUUAUCAUUUGGAAUUGUCAAGGGGCGGCGUCUAAAGGCUUUCUUAGAGCUGCCAAAUGGUUUAUUCAAUCUCACAAACCAGACAUUUCUUGUCUUUUAGAGACUAAAACCUCGGGAAUGAAUGCUAACAAGGUUUGUCAGAGUUUGGAUUUUGAUAAUUGGAACAGAAUUGAAGCUGUUGGGUUCAGCAGAGGAAUAUGGACUCUCUGGAAUAAUUCGGUGGAAGUCACUAUUUCAGCCACCAACCCACAAUUUAUGGUUAUGGAGGUUCGGCUUGAUAGCAGGAAUAAAUUCAGCCUUGCUGUUGUUUAUGCUAGCCCCACUCGCCACCUGCGUAGGAAACUUUGGAGUGCGCUAAGAAGGGAUAAGGUUGGCAUUAUCACCCCUUGGAUCACCGCUGGAGACUUUAACUCAGUUAUGCAUAGAGAUGAAGUAAGCAAUCCUGAUCAGUUUGAUUACCACCGGUGCUCUAAUUUCAACGAGUGGAUCUUUGAUGAAGGUCUACUAGAUAUGGGCUUUUCUGGACAAUGUUUCACAUGGAAAAGAGGCAACGAGGGCACGACGUUCAAGGGGGCCAGACUGGACAGAGCACUUUGUUCAAUUGACUGGCUUGACAAGAACAUUGAUACUGAUGUUAGACACUUGACAGCGAUUAAUUCAGAUCACUGUCCUUUGUUGCUUUCAUUCGGCAACAUUAGAACUACAAGGCGUACUGGCUUUAAAUAUCAAGGUGCGUGGGCUAGUCACACUAACUUCAUGAAUGUGAUAAAUAAGACUUGGGACCCGAACUGUACUGUCCAGGCCAACUCCAAAAACAUGGCUGCUGCAUUCGAUAACUGGAACCGGGACACUUUUGGCAACAUUUAUCAAAGGAAAAAGACUCUAACUAGAAGACUUGAAGGAGUACAAGAGGCGAGGGGAAUCAGUGAACUUGCUAAUAUCCCCAGGUCCUAUGACCUUGGAAAGUACUUAGGAGUCCCUUCUAUCCAUGGAAGAGUCACAAAUGACAUGUUUGGUGCUAUUCUUGAUAGACUAGAUGCAAAAUUGGAAGGCUGGAGAACCAAGCUCUUAACAAUGGCCGGUCGUAGAAUUCUCGCCCAGUCUGCACUUACCACCAUUCCUUACUAUGUCAUGCAAUCAACGAUGCUACCGACAGGGGUUUUGGAAGCUAUUGAUAGAAAAGUGAGGGGUUUUCUAUGGGGCAGCACAAGGAAAGGUGGGAAAAAUAUUUUUGGGUACAGGAAGGGAGCGUCUAAUGCCUGGAGAGGAAUCAUGACAGUUAUGCCUAUGAUUGAAGCUGGCAUUCACUGCCGCGUUCAUAAUGGGCAAAUGACGAGGUUCUGGCUUGACACUUGGAUCGGUGAAAAACCACUUUGCGAUUUGGUGCAAGAUUUUGGCACCAGACAUGAUCCGCAUGCCACGGUUGCUGAACUUUGGAAUGGCUCUCGUGGGUGGAAUUGGGAGAAAAUUCCAAACCUCCCACCUAACAUUAUUUCUUUUAUGCAGUGCCAGGUUAUGGAGUUGGACACUAACACCCCUGAUGAAUUCUACUGGAAGCAUGAUCCUACAGGGGUUUGGGUGCUUGGCCGUGGGCAGUAGGAGGGGGUUUGGUGGGGGUGUAAGUGGGACGUGAGGAAUGUUAUAUAUUUUAGUGUAAUUGGAAAAACUACGACCAAUGGUAUCCUAAUA